ACACGCCCAAUCUGGGAAUGCGUGAAUUUGCGUUAUUUGUUUGUGUGUUUAAACGGCCGCACAAGCGGGGAGUGAAUGAGCGGGAACGAAGGUUCUACCAACGUGUUAUGAAUCAUUGGCAAGAAUUGCAUUUUAACACGUUCUAUCUUAAUCGCACAGCAGAAGCAGUCACCCUCGGAAUGUCGUGCCCGUACGAUGGUUUGGAUUAAUUUGCACUAAUAUACCUCAAAACCUGCACUCCACCAACAAGAUGGUACAACAAUUGUGCAAAACAGUUUUAAUAUUAGUGAAUCUCAGCGUUGCGCUCAGCAUUGCAAAAGCAUCCCUCAUUCACAUCAGUGGUCCAAGAAUAGCGGUCCAGUACAGCAAGAUACAGCUGCGCUGUAUGGCUUCCACCGGGCAGAAGCAUUUUCUUUGGUACUUUUCAUCCAACGGAUCUGCUGCAGCACAAUAUCCAAAGGAGCCACUCAGUUCACAUCCUUUCAGCGCGAUCCGGUUCGAUACGCACGGAGCAAUGCUAACGAUACGAGCGGUGGAUAGGACACACGUCGGUAGCUAUCGUUGCUGUGCCACUGACACACUUUGCGCUACCAUGAGCUUGUUCGUGGUGUCCGCCACGGACGAUCCUUCGGAGCUGCGACCGACCGACAGCUUGGGUGGUGGUGGUGUUGCUGUACUGGACGUCCAAAGCGAUGGAACGUUCGAGCUGGCCAUCUUUCACGCACCGCUGCUCGAGGGAGAAAUUAGCCUCGAACGGGAGGCGGUCGCCGUACGGUUCUGUGAUCACUUUCGCCACCGUGCGGAAGAAUGUAACGAGCAGCGCACGAACGGUGUCGUGGCGUACAGUGUGCGCAAUGCAACGAUGGAGGCGAGUGCACAGUUUCAGGUUAAGAUAACGACCAACAAGCGGCUGGAAGUGAUGCAUCUGCACAUUUUAAUAAGAGGUAAACCUAUCGUACGGAUGGACACUUAUUCUGUGUUAAGAAAUUUAAGCCACAUCAACUUAAGCUGUCAAGGAUAUGCUUAUCCGACGCCGAGCGUUACCUUCACUUACACACCAUGCCUGCCGACGGCAAUGGACCGCUUAAGCGACAUUCAAAGGGAUGCCUGCGAGAAAAGCAUAACCGUACCGCAACACAUGGAACGCCUCUCACCCUUCAACUACACCACCAUCUUUGAGGUGAUCAUCCCUUCCUGGCCGGUACAAAAGCCCGGCAUCGUGUCCUGCCGGGCAUCGAACGGUGAAGGAUCUUCCUCGAUCGAAACGUUACUGUUUGUGCGCAAUUUCCACGAGCCAAUGCAGUUCCGUAUCGAAUCGCCAACCGAUGUGGUGCUGUACGAUGACACCGUGAACAUAACGUGCCAGACGGACGUUUACAACUUCACCAACCAGCUCACUAUCCAUCACGGUGGAAGUAGCAUUCAUCUCGCCGGGGAACAGCUCGGCUACGCGUGGACGAUAACGUACCUGGCGCACAUCACAAACGACUCACAGAACGAGGUAGUUUGUGAAGGUCACCACAAGAAUGGGACCCGGGUCCGCAGCACGCUCAAUCUAUCGAUCCAGUAUCCCUCGAAACCGCACGUUGUGAGUGUGAACGAUUCGGUGAACGUAACGAUCGCGCACGGCGAUGCGGUACGGCUCGAGUGUGACAUCGACGGUACGCCUUCGCCCGACAUUGUGUGGUUUAAGAACGAUGCGCACCUGCGGCAUGCGCAGGGACAUUUCGUGCGCGUGGCGCUCGAUGAGGACGAAACUCGAGCCACCUACCGAUGUGUCGGUAGAAGCCGUUUGGGCAGGGCCACCAAAACGUGGUACAUUGUGGUUGAAGAAUCGAUGCGUUGGUUGCUGAUCGGUGGUCUGGGAGCGGGUGCUCUGAUUGCUUUGCUAGUGAUCGGCACGGUAGCGUGGAGUGUGGGAGCCUAUCAACAGCUGCUGCACCGGCAGAUGGAUCUGGAAACGCAACUAAGGAUGAGUAAAGAGAACGUAGCGGACGAGCUCAUGACUGUACCGUUAAGUCAACGGAACUACAACACGCCCGGCAUGGGCUCAAGCUUGGUGCAUGAAGCCUGAAAGCAUCCCAUACGAUAGGACUUACUAUCAUGCUAUGAGGCAAUAGAAUAGCAUGGUAUACGUUAAACAGCUUUAAAAAAUGAUUAGGCUUUCGUUGGUCUUAAGUUUAAGUACAACUAUUAAGCCACAGAAAAGCCAAUCAUAAUAAAGACAGUAUGAAAUGUGAUUACAAUCCAGCUAAGAGAGAAGUUUGUUUAUUAGUUUACUGCAAACCGCUAAAGUUGUGAAUAAGGGUAAAUGGAUACGCUAGAGAAGAAGAUAGACAAACCAUUAAAGAAUAGGAACCAAACAGAGCCAAAGUAAACAAAUUAAAAUCAUAAAUAUACAAAUGUUUCAAACAUUUUAGAGAAGAAAAAAGGCAAAACAAUACAAUAAUAAUUAUAAAUAGUAGAGAUUUUCAAGGAUAUAGUUUGCAUUUUCUUUGCCUAACGACCUUCACAGUUAUGACGGCUUAUACAAGCAAAUUGCACUUUUUUGCCGUUUGGAUAGAAAUUGAACUACGUUUACCCUUUUCACUGGACAAUGUUAGGCUUUACUGAAAUUAUAAUAAAAAAAAACUAUCAAAUAUUAUCUUUGGAAAAACAUAGAGAUAAUAAAAACUGGAUGAUUUUAAUCAAAACAUAAUAUAAAUGUUUAAAAAUCAUGAAUUCAAAUAUAUAAUUGAACUCAUUAUCCGUGUUAUUCGCAUAUCCAGGCGAGGUCGAGUCCCGAAGAGCCCGGAUAAAUGGCGCUCCACUGUAGAUAAAAAUAACUGUAACAAUAUUACAGAGAUAUAUUGAAACAUGAAAAGGAAUAAAAUCGUGUCAGGUCGUACGAAUAAACAAUCUAUCUCCAUCAUGAAAUCAAAUCCCAACUUCACCUAGCUCUUUAUACGCAGCUUUUUCUUCCACAACCAAUGCAGUUAAAGAAAAUGCUCCAUUUAUGGUUCACAAGUAUUUUCAUUUUACCAAAAUUAUGGAUUCACUGAUCGUCACUGAUAUUUAACAAGUCCCGAAAGGCUCUAUAGGGCGGCAUGUCCACGUAGAACUUUGCGCCAAAUAGAAGAAGCAGAAGAACAAAAACAAGAAGACGUUAGAUAUUAUUAAUUUUAAGAUUUUCUGUUGAGCCUUCUUUUUCCACUUUGUAUUUAAAAACAGAGAGCAAUCAAACAAUAUUUUAAAGAAACAAACGACAUAAUUGAAAACAG